AUGACUUUGCUAAUUGACUUUCUGGGUGACUUCAAGUCCUACUUUGUUGUCUUUUUGAUUGGUGUCAUUCUCCAUGUUGUAUUCUUUUGUCGUGGAGAAUGGGAUAUCUACACGAACAAGAUUGUUGUCGCCUGGCUUGGGACCUUGGCAGCUUCUACCUUUCUGAUUGCGCAGAGCGCCGAGCAUGAAAACGACACUCACUGGGAGGCAUUCACGAUCGCCUUGAAGCAUUGUUCUACACUCACGGCCGGCUCUGUAUGCAGUAUUCUCAUUUAUCGAGCUGCGUUUCAUCGGCUCAAUGUCUUUCCUGGCCCAUACAAAGCGCGACUCUCAAACCUCUAUGUCACGGCCUUGGGGCUGAAGAAGAGGCAUCUCUACAAAGAGGUCCAAGAGCUACACAGGGAAUACGGAGAUGUAGUCAGAAUUGGGCCUUCGGAAAUUUCCAUCAACAGCUCAGAGGCGCUACACGCUCUUCACUCCAAUAAUACCCCAUGUGUCAAAGGCCCCUGGUACAACAUUAUCUACCCGAUGGUUUCACUCUUGGCCGAUAGAAAUAAGAAAAGCCACACAGAGAGGCGCAAGACUUGGGACAAGGCAUUUAAUGCCAAGGCUCUUCGAGACUACGAAACCAGAGUGGUGCAAUAUGCAGCACUCCUCCUCCACCAGCUCGAGAAGAUGGAAGGCCAACCAUUCAACGCAAAGCUUUGGAUUCACUAUUAUACCUUUGACAUCAUGGGAGAUCUUGCCUUUGGGCAGAGUUUUGGCAUGCUCAGAGAUGGCUUGAAGCAUUACUACAUGAAACUCGGCGAUGAGAAUAUGUCGAUCGCAGGAGGAAGGCAAAAUGAACCACCUGUGUCGGACGUGUUUUCUUGGAUCUUGGAGGAUUAUGAAUCGAAGGAGCAACCAACAAAGCAAGACUUUUUGAACUUGCACGGAGACGCUCACUUGAUCGUCGUGGCCGGAAGUGACACUACGGCCGUGACGAUUACCUCGUUGUUUUACGAACUUUCUCAGCGCUUAGAUAUUUGCUCUCAACUUCAAGAAGAGAUUGAUGAGUACAAGAAGGAGCACAAGAAGUCUGACUAUGCCUCUCUUUCUCACCUUAAGCUUCUUCAGGCAUGCAUCGAUGAGACCCUGCGCUUGCACCCGGUGGUUCCAUCAGGCCUUCAACGCAUGACGCCGCCGGAGGGUUUGCAAAUUGGCGACACCUUUAUCCCAGGAGAUACAAUUGUGCAGGUGCCAAGUUAUACACUACAACGAGAUGAGAGGGUAUUUUUGCGGCCGAACGAAUUCCUACCUGAAAGAUGGACUUCGCAACCAGAUUUGGUCAAGGAUGCAUCCGCAUUUGCUCCGUUCUCUAUGGGCCGUAACUCUUGCGUAGGAAAGCAGCUCGGAUUGAUGGAGAUUCGCUACAUUACAACCGAGAUCUUGUCCCGAUACAAUAUCCAGUUCGCUCCGGGGAAUGACCCAAAGGAGUAUCUAGAGAACAAGAUGGAUGUCUUCACGGCGGCUGUGCCAGAUUUGAAUCUAGUCUUUACUCCAAGGAAUUGA